AUGUACCAGGAAUACUCCGGGAAUUACGACACCUCGUCCCGCGGCAGCAGCACUUCUCCGGCACAGCCCGAGUCAUUUACGAGCGGCAGCAGCACCAUCGGAAGCCCGAUCUCUACCUCAACCUACCAGAAAUACAGGGUCGACAUGCCCGGCUCCAACAGUGCCUUCAUCCCCACCAUUAAUGCAAUCACAACAAGCCAAGACCUCCAGUGGAUGGUUCAGCCGACCGUCAUCACCUCCAUGUCCAACCCGUACUCCCGCUCACACCCUUACAGCCAUCACUUGAGUAAUGGGCAAGGGCUGCUGGGGCAUAACCCCUUGGCCAGGCCUGGGGUCAUCCGCUCCAUCGGGGACGCCAGAGGCCGACGCAAGAGAGACGAACAGCUCACCCCAGAGGAAGAAGAGAAGAGGAGGGUGAGGCGCGAGAGGAACAAGUUGGCCGCUGCCAAAUGCCGCAACCGCAGACGCGAGUUGACUGAGAUGCUGCAAGGAGAGACUGAGAAACUGGAAGAGGAGAAAGCCGAUCUGCAGAAAGAAAUCGAGACCCUCCAGAAAGAGAAGGAAAAACUGGAGUUCAUGCUGGUAGCCCACAAUCCCGUGUGCAAGCUGCCGAAUGAAGAUCGCCACCAUCCUCCGCCGCAUCAUCAGAACCAUCAACACCAGCAGUGCGCCCCCCUGCCCUUGACCAUGCGCCCCAACAUGGCCGCCCGGAACCAUGUCAACCACGUGGUGGUGAAGCAAGAGCCGGAUGACAUGGUGGAAGCGGUGGGCAAACCCCAGCAUUCCGUCAUCAAACCCAUCUGCCUGGGUGGGAUGUACUGUACGGACGGGGACAGUCUCAACACGCCGGUGGUGGCGGCAUCCACCCCGGCCGCCACGCCCAAUGCUCCCAACCUCAUCUUCACCUACCCUAGCAUGCUGGAACCCGACAGCCCCUCGCCCUCCUCCGAGUCCUGCUCCAAGGCCCACCGUCGCAGCAGCAGCAGCGGCGACCAAUCGUCGGACUCCCUCAACUCGCCCACGCUCCUGGCUCUGUGA